UCUGUGAGUGAGUAAUGUAUAGCAAUCGAGCAUUCUCUUUGUCGGGACUUGGGAUUUUAUACUUCUUAUUAUAAAUCGAAAGUUUAUUAAUAUCGGACGUGGCCACUGAAUUUUUUAUUGUAACGAUUCCAUACAGCUUAUAAUAAGGAAAUAACCAUUAUCUCCGGUCGACCAUUAUGAAUCCUCUAAGCCAAAUUGUACGUGCUGCCAGGCCAAUCUAUCGCACUUUCUCCACAUCUGUGUCAAGUGCAUCUCAAGCCAAAGAAAUCCCAUCUACUGGCUUGUGCUUUGAACUCUCUGAUGAACAAAAAGCACUUCAAGAAUUGGCAAGGAAAUUUACCCGGGAAGAAAUUACACCAGUAGCAGCUCAAUAUGACAAGUCUGGGGAGUACCCAUGGCCCAUUGUCAAGAAGGCGUGGGAGCUCGGGCUUAUGAAUGGACAUAUUCCGGAACACUGUGGGGGUGUAGGCAAUUUAGGAGUGUUUGAAGAAUGUCUCAUCGGUGAAGAGUUUUCUUUCGGUUGUACCGGCAUCGGAACGGCUGUUGGUGGAACGAAUUUGGGACAAACGCCAGUAAUUAUUGCCGGAAAUAAGGAACAGCAAAAGAAGUAUUUGGGUAGGCUCAUCGACGAACCCCUUGUUGCCGCUUACUGUGUGACGGAACCUGGUGCCGGGUCUGACGUGGCUGGAGUAAAGACUAAAGCAGUAAAGAAAGGUGACGAAUGGAUCAUCAAUGGCCAGAAAAUGUGGAUCACCAAUGGUGGUGUCGCCAACUGGUACUUUGUGUUGGCGAGAACAAACCCGGACCCCAAAUGCCCAGCUAGUAAGGCAUUCACUGGCUUCAUUGUGGAGAGAGAUUGGCCCGGCGUUAACCCUGGACGCAAGGAAUUGAACAUGGGACAACGCGCGUCCGAUACGCGCGGCAUAUCAUUCGAAGAUGUUCGCGUGCCCAAAGAGAAUGUUCUCCUUGGUGAAGGUGAUGGUUUCAAGAUCGCUAUGGGGGCCUUUGACAAGACUCGUCCACCUGUCGCGUCUGGCGCUACCGGUCUCGCGGCACGAGCAUUAUAUGAAGCGACGAAAUAUUCGUUAGAACGCAAAACAUUCGGUGUACCAAUCGCGGCUCACCAGGCAGUGGCCUUUAUGAUCGCUGACAUGGCGAUUGGUGUUGAGAGUGCCAGACUUGCCUGGCAAAGGGCCGCCUGGAUGGUUGACCACGGACAAAGAAACACAUUGAUGGCUUCAAUCGCGAAGUGCCACGCUUCAGAAAUCGCUAACAAAGCUGCCUCAGAUGCGGUUCAGAUAUUCGGCGGAAAUGGAUUCAAUACAGAAUAUCCCGUUGAGAAAUUAAUGCGUGACGCGAAAAUUUACCAAAUAUACGAAGGUACAUCACAAAUUCAAAGACUUAUUAUCUCAAGGGAGAUACUGACAGCUGCUAAGCAGUCUAAUGCUUAAAAACAGAAUUUUUCUAAAGGUAUAAUUGGUUAAUUAAUUUACAAUAAGUAAUUAAGCGAAACAAUAUAAAAUGUAAGUGCUUUUGACAUUAAUGGUCACAAAAACUCCAAACUCGUCCAACCCUUGGUUAAUCACAGAUUAUAUUGUUUCGUUUUCAUUUUUCUACAUUUGCAAAUAUUUGUCUAUGUUAAAUAUGUAAUAUAAUAUAUAUAAUUUAAUGUAAUAUACAUCACAAUGGCGUAAAGGGCUCAAUAUAUUAUAUAUUUUUCUGUGUAAUUUGACAUGUAAUGUAUGUAUGUAGUUGCAAAACUGACGUGAAACUUCAAAAUAACGAAAACCUUGUGAUACUGUUUAAAGUUGUUGAUAUAAAACAGCUGAUCAAGGUACUUAUACUACGCAUAUUAUAUUACGCGAUUUCAGUCCCUCGUAUAACACCGAUGUCCCUCAUAUAACGCGGGGAUUUUUCUGUAUUGUUAAAUUUAUAAUGAUUUGUACUAUGAAAUUUAGAUUUUUCUUAAUAUUCGAUUUAAAUACCUUUAACAAGAAAAAGUUAACGAUUCAGUUGUAUUCAACGCGUUAUAUGGGGUCAUACAAGCGUGUUAUUCUAGAAAACUCGUACAACACGUUUCCUAUAACGCGGAACGAAUCUACCGUGUUAUAGAAGGGAUUUAUUAGUUCAUGUGGGUUUUGUUAUACGUAUAGCGUAAGUGUAAUUAUUCGUAUUGCUAUGAACUUGCUUAUAUACUUCCUUUUUUUAUAAAUAUUUUUUGAUGGUAUAAAUUGUUUUAUUUGUUGGUAGUUUGUAAGUUAAAGUCAUAACGUAUUUUUGUAUAGCUUUUCGGAGUCCAUGGAAAUGUUAUAUUUUACAUGUAUGUAUUUAAAUAAUCAUGAAUAAACUCAAACUCCCUUA